AUUGAAAACGACAUAAAGGAGAGCAUGAAGACAGAGAUGGCCCAGCUGCAGCAGAGUGCCGUUCACAAACACACGGCCGCCAUGUUGGAGAUGGGCACCAACCUCCUGUCCCAGACGGCCGAGCAGACGCGCAAGCUAACGGAUGUGGAGACGCAGGUACUAUAUCCCCCCAAACUCCUCGCACUCCCACCGGGAUCCAUCUCACGCACCAUUGACUCAGCUAUUCCACAUUAAACCACCCCAAAAAAGCAAAGGGGGAACUGGCCAAAGAAAAUAUGGAUGCCAUAUAAAUACCUACGCUCUCUUUAUGUGAUGUGCAUAUCAGUGGAGGCUCCUCAGAGGAGGAAGGCGAGGACCAUCCUCCUCAGUGAAUUUCAUAAAAUAAAACAUUUAAAACAUUAAAAAAGUUAUCCUUUUUAGAUAAAACUAUACUAAAUACAAUCAUGUCACCAAAUAAUUGAUUAAAACGCCCUAUUUUGCAAAGAAGGUCUACAGUAGCCUCAACAGCACUAUGUAGGGUAGCACCAUGGUGUAGCCGGAGGACAGCUAGCUUCAGUUCUCCUCUGGGCACAUUGACUUCAAUACAAAACUUAGGAGGCUCAUGGUUCUCACCCCCUUCCAUAGACACACAGUAAUUAUGACAACUUCCGGAGGAUGUCCUCCAACCUAUCAGAGCUCUUGCAGCAUGAACUGACAUGUUGUCCAACCACUCAAAGGAUCAGAGAAUUAAUCUAGUACUGAAAGCAUAAACUACAGCUAGCUAGCACUGCAAUGCAAAAACGUUUGUUAAACGGAAGCAAACAGAACAAAACAGGGAUAAACAUACUUGAAUUUGUCCAAUGGAAACUCUCGUUUGCAACAGUUAGACUAAUGAUAACAUGCUUUAUCAGCUAGAUGCAGGCAAUAGUGUGCAAGGCAGUAUUGAAUGUCGACCUGUGUGCACCUACCUUGUAAACUUGUAUUCAUAGGCUAGGUUGUAGCAACCUCAUGAUGGGUAUAGGGAAAAUUAGAGUAUCAUGUAGUAGUAGCCUAAACCUGUCGCUGUUACAUUGAACUGGGUGAAUGGAAUAUGAAUCACAGUCAUCCAAUAUGCUGUAAUAGAAAUAAGGCCAUGCUCAUGAAAAAAUUUAACAGCACUGACCGCCACUUGUGCAUAUGUAUGUUUAGGUUUCAACUUCGCUUGAUACUUGGGGAGCUUUAGAAGGAAUGGGACAAAAGUAGUACUUGUGGGGGUAGAUUUUUGCUGAUGUGCCCCAAAAAAAGGUUGCUAAGCAAAAUCACUGAGUAUUGCCAUGUGAGUACUACCAUGUGUCAGAAGAACAACCUCUCUUUAUGCAAAACCUAUACUUUAUUACCUCUUCCUAAAGAGGAGCUGAUCAUUUACAUCUUACCUACAUUUUGUUUUGCUGGAACACCUCUACAAGGCAGGAUACCACUAACCUAUUUCUGUCUUGGGACAGGUUCUGAAUCAAACCUCCAGACUAGAGAUUCAGCUGCUUGAGAACUCCCUGUCCACCAACAAGCUGGAGAAGCAGCUCAUGGUGCAGACCAACGAGAUCAGAAAGCUCCACGACAAGAACGGGUAAAACUCACAGGCCGCUAACACAAUGUGAAACUUCAUUUAAAGACAUCAGGCCUUUUGUCCAGAGACUCCAGACACAAACUCCGUCAUAGACAGAUCAACUCAAUGUGCAAUAAGACACCCAAUCCCCUGAUGUAUAACAGUAUGAAGUGCAUGAGGCCAUAUUUUCCAAGAUGAGCUCGUCUUUGAAAGCUGCACUUUAAUGAUGUUGCAAUGGGAGCAAUCGAUUGUGGCUUUUGGAUGGCUUUUCAGAGUCCAGUUUGUUGAUUGGUCCAGUGGGACUGUCUCUCAUCGUCCACUUAAAAGCUCCCUCCCAUCCCUAGUGCUCACUGUAAAUACAGGAACACAACUGUACUGAAUUCUUCCAUUCAUAUGUCUUCUGAACAAAAAAUAUAUAUAUAUAUACUGAUUCCUAUAUUUGAGACCUGCACUCAAGGUUUAUAGACAUGGGUUCAACAGGAGGUUGGUGGCACCUUAAUUGGGGAGGAUGGGCUCGUGGUAAUGGCUGGAGCGGAAUGAGUGAAAUGGUAUCAAAUACAUCAAACACAUGGUUUCCAUGUGUUUGAUGCCAUUCCAUUUGCGCUGUUCCAGCCAUUAUUAUGAGCCGUCCUCCCCUCAGCAGCCUCCACAGAGGAUUCCUUUACUGAGAGCAAUUUUCAAAGAUUGUGCAAUUAUGAAAUCCCCUCCUAUUUAAACGUUUUAUUUUAUUUAUCAAUUUAAUGCAAGCGGAGUAGUUCUGAAUUUGAUAAUCAAUAUGACGUCAGACUAUAUCAUCUUUCAGACAUUAUUUAUAAAAUGGAAGACCAUAGGAUACAGUUAGGGCUUACGUUAAUCUGCAAAGUGAAUGAUGAAAUGUAUUUAUAUAUGUUUAUUGUCUGUGUGCAACUCAUGGUGACUGAAUCCACUGACAUAAACAUUUGUAUUUCUACUAAGUCUGGGCGUAAUGUAUAUAGUUGGGUUUCCAUAUCACAUGUUGCCAUGGAUACAGUUCAGAACAUGUUUUGGGGUCGGGAGAAGGGGAUAUGCCGGAGCGGAUUUGGUAUGAUAAUUCACUUGCUUGAUCUAUCAAAAGGAUGCAUGUAGAAAAUAAUUUAGAAAGUGAUGGAAUUCGACUGUUUUUGACAAUUAUGUAACUACCAUACAACUACGUAAGCACCAAAUCACGAAUAGAGGACUAAUCUGAUAGAGAAAAGUUGGUUAUAGCUUUAGUUUACAGUCAUCUAUAAACUAAAGCCAUAGGCCUAACAAACCUUCCUAUGUCGGGUCUUCCGACUCCCAAGGUUCCUGGAGCAGAAGAUGCAGGAGAUGGAGUCUCGUCAUCGGGAGGAGCUGGGGACGCUGCGGGAGGAGAAGGGCAGCCUGCAGGUUCUGGUGGGGAAACAGAGUGGGGUGAUCCGUGAGCUGGAGACCCAGCUGACCAGGGCCACGGGCAACAGCACCGCCAUGCAGAGGCAGCAGCAGGAAAUGAUGGACACAGUGCACAACCUCAUCAGCCUCUGCAACAAGGACGGAGGUAUAGUAGCUAAGGGUCUCGUGUUGACAGACAUAACACUGUAUUCUCUUUCAAGAAGAUGCCUAGUUGGGAGCUACACCCUGAAGAGAAAAGUAAAAACACAUGCAUGUGUGUUAUUACAGGUGCAAGAAGAAAAAAGGUGCUUGGAAACUGGGCUACCAAAUAUGACAUUUGAUUGCGAUAGAAAAAAACAUGUUUUGUCCAGACUGUGCAGUCAUAUCAUAUACUCUGGCUUCCUCUGAGAGAGAGCAAGAGCUGUCAUGAUGCCAAUACCAUAAACAUGGUUCCAUACAGGGAGGCAUAGUGAAGCCCUGUCCCUUGAACUCUGCUUGAGGGAGAAACCAAAGUGGUCGUUCUUUUCCGGGAAGCACUCGUGACUCUAGCUGCUCAGUGUGGUGCUCUCUUUACGGUAAUGGCUUAUCACGCUUUACUGUGACAGCCUAGGCUGUGGUUACUGCUUGAGUGAAAUGUCAGCCACCAUUUUGAGUAAUCAACUAUUUUUCUUCCUUCGUGUCUCCCCGUGGUGAUAAUUAGGGACCUGGGAUUUCCCUUUGGUCCAUAUCUUGACCCCGACAGCAACAUGACCCUCACUUUUAGUCAAUGCAGUGAACUCAUUACACCCCCUCCAUCUCAACACAACAGCACAAUCCCAAACCCACUUGAUCCCAAGUCUUCCCUCGAUCACAUUCAGUCAUAGGAGAUUUCAAGUAAAUGUGUGUGCUGGGAUUAGUGGAGUGGUCUAGCGAGAAACCUUGCAGCCUGUUCAUGUUCCCUACUUCCUGCUUCCGGCCCAAGACCCCACACUUCUUCCUGUGGCUGUUCACCCGUCUAACAGGAAAUGAGCAGGCAUGAAUGGAUAUCUGAGACAUGGAGAGUGGAUAUGUGCAUGACAUGAUUAACACGUGCUACUCCAUAGCUUUAAUGUUCUAUGCAAAAAGAGUCCCCAGCGGCCUCUUUUCAUAGCUCUGACAGUAGGAACACUUUAUGGCAGGAGAUCCUUUGAGUGUCGUUAAAGCUCUCGACUCAUUGGCUCAUAUUAACUAAUCCCUGUGCCGUGCCAUAUUGUGACCCACAUAUGUUAUUAGGGUUUAUUAAGUCGCUAAACCAAGUCACCAAAUGAAAAACAAGUCAUUAACUGACCUGGCAAGUAGCCUACCAUGUUCCAUUAGUUGCCAGGAAUCCAUUUAGUGAACACCUCUGCAACUUUGUCACCUAGUCAGCCAUGUUAUCUCUCUGUCAGCUCUGGGUGUUUCUGGGGUCACUGGGGCAUCCAGCCUCCCGCCUUGAUUGGUGGCUGCUUUAACGAGAGGAGAGUGAAAUUAAACAUGAACGUCCUGGCUCCGGGGUUGGUCCCGUCCUCCUCCACGGUGGCAAUGAGGGCCAACCGGGCGCUGGGGUCACCCUCUUCACCCCUGCCAAAUAAUUCAACCUAUAAUGGCUCCUAGGGGAGGUCGCAACACUUCCGUUCCCCACGGUGUCUAAAUCUAGAUGUGAUGAUGCUCCGUUACAGGGGAGGAUUUUCAGGGGAGGAUUUGUUUGUUUACCAAUCAGAUUUGUGUUUUCAUUCGGGGACGGUUAGCUUUUCGUGCCAUUGGAUGGCGUCUAAUCGAGUUAGGCUCUGUUUUGAAAACUGACCCCUAGCAUUUCCUUUAAUGCUCGGAUUCAAAUCAUCACUGACAGUUACUAUGGGGAAAAGUUUAAAAAGGGAGAUUAGAUUCUAAAAUGUCACUGAAGUUUGUCUAGAAACAUACUUCUCAUUUACAGUGGCUUGCGAAAGUAUUCACCCCCCUUGGCAUUUUUCCUAUUUUGUUGCCUUACAACCUGGAAUUAAAAUAGAUUUUUUGAGGGUUUGUAUCAUUUGAUUUACACAACAUGCCUACCACUUUGAAAAUGCAAAAUAUUUUUUAUUGUGAAACAAACAAGAAAUAAGACAAAAAAACAGAAACCUUGAGCAUGCAUAACCAAACCACUCAAGUGUUGCUUUAGCAGUAUGCUUAGGGUCAUUGUCCUGCUGGAAAGUGAACCUCCGUCCCAGUCUCAAAUCUCUGGAAGACUGAAACAGGUUUCCCUCAAGAAUUUCCCUGUAUUUAGCGCCAUCCAUCAUUCCUUCAAUUCUGACCAGUUUCCCAGUCCCUGCCGAUGAAAAACAUCCCCACAGCAUGAUGCUGCCACCACCAUGCUUCACUUUGGGAUGGUGUUUUCGGGGUGAUGAGAGGUGUUGGGUUUGCGCCAGACAUCGCGACAGUACCUUCUUCCAUAUGUUUGGGGAGUCUCCCACAUGCCUUUUGGCGAACACCAAAGUUUGGGGAGUCUCCCACAUGCCUUUUGGCGAACACCAAACGUGUUUGCUUAUUUUUUUCUUUAAGCAAUGGCUUUUUUUCUGGCCACUCUUCCAUAAAGCCCAGCUCUGUGGAGUGUACGGCUUAAAGUGGUCCUAUGGACAGAUACUCCAAUCUCUGCUGUGGAGCUUUGCAGCUCCUUCAGGGUUAUCUUUGGUCUCUUUGUUGCCUCUCUGAUUAAUGCCCUCCUUGCCUGGUCCGUAAGUAUUGGUGGGCGGACCUCUCUUGGCAUGUUUGUUGUGGUGCCAUAUUCUUUCAAUUUUUUAAUAAUCAAUUUAAUGGUGCUCCGUGGGAUGUUAAAAGUUUCUGAUAUUUUUUUAUAACCCAACCCUGAUCUGUACUUCUCCACAACUUUGUCCCUGACCUGUUUGGAGAGCUCCUUGGUCUUCAUGGUGCCGCUUGCUUGGUGGUGCCCCUUGCUUAGUGAUGUUGCAGACUCUGGGGCCUUUCAGAACAGGUGUAUAUAUACUGAGAUCAUGUGACACUUAGAUGGCACACAGGUGGACUUUAUUUAACUAAUUAUGUGACUUCUGAAGGUAAUUGGUUGCACCAGAUCUUAUUUAGGGGCUUCAUAGCAAAGGGGGUGAAUACAUAUGCACGCACCACUUUUACGUUAUUUAUUUUUUAGUUCUUUUUUAAAUUUCACUUCACCAAUUUUGGCUAUUUUGUGUAUGUCCAUUACAUAAAAAUCAAUUUAAAUUACAGGUUGUAAUGCAACAAAAUAGGAAAAACGCCAAGGGGGAUGAAUACUUUUGCAAGGCACUGUAUUUAUGCUUAUUUAUACUGAACAAAAAUAUAAAAGUAACAUGCAACAAUUUCAAAGAUUUUACUAAGUUACAGUUCAGUCAAUUGAAAUAAAUUCAUUAAGGCCUAAUCUAUGGAUUUCACAUGACUGGGCAGGGGUGCAGCCAUGGCGAUCCCGCAGGUGAAGAAGCCGGAUGUGGAGGUCCUGGGCUGGCGUGGUUACACGUGGUCUGCAGUUGUGAGGCCAGUUGGACGACGUUGGAGGCAGCUUAUGGUAGAGAAAUUAACAAAUUCUCUGGCAACAGCUCGUGUGGACAAUCCCAGCAAUCAGCAUGCCAAGUGCACGCUCCCUCAAAACUUGAGACAUUUGUGGUAUUGUGUUGUGUGACAAACUGCAGAUUUUAAAGUGGCCUUUUAUUGUCCCCAGCAGAAGGUAAUGAUCAUGCUGUUGUAUAAUUAUCAUGCUGUUUAAUCAGCUUCUUGAUAUGCCACAGCAGUCAGGUGUUUGGAUUAUAUUGGCAAAGGAGAAAUGCUAAUUAAUAGGGAUGAAAACUAAUUUGUGCACAAAAUUUUAGAGAAAUAAACUUUUUGUGCGUAUGGAACAUUUCUGGGAUUUUUUAUUUCAGCUCAUGAAACAUGGGACCAACACUUUAAAUGUUGCAUUUAUAUUUUUGUUCAGUGUACAUUUUCAAUGCCUUUUCCACUGUUGUACGGCAUUCUGAACUCUAAUCCAACCAUCUCAUACAGCCAGAUGCCACUGAGCUCACAUUUGGGUCAUCAUUAUUACCUCAAUCUUUUGAAAGCUCAAAGAGCCAAAUACCGUUAGUAGUGGUAAUUGACCUCAGUGUUGGAACGCUCUUCAAAAUCUCUGGCCACUAAAUGUGAUUUUCUUUCACAGUAUUCUAUCAUCCCACCUAAUGAAAGCCAUCAAUCAUUUUUACAGCCGGGAUAGCCAUGUCUGGAGGGAAUAUGAUCUUAUUUUAAUUAGCCGCAUUUAGCUCAGAGUUCUAUGCAAAAUGGUACAUAGUGUACAGUAAAUCAUCAGAUGGCUUCUAUUAAGGCUUUUUAUGAUUUAACUAUGCUCAUGUUUAAGCAUACUCAUUUGUCUUGAAGUGACACCUGACACUGCAAAGAUAUUCUGGAGCAAGUAGAGAGAAUAUCCAUGAGGUGUGUAAUGGCACCAUCUAUCAUGGACUUAUUCCAGACUUCUAUUGACCCUAUUUGGGUUUGCUUGUCUUUCCCUCAGAUCUUUGUUUGUGGGUUUGAGUCAAUUUUAUUUGGUUUUUAACAUCCUUUCAAAUUUAAUUGAGUCUGCUAGAUCUGUCACAGUCCAUUUUGGUUCCUUUGUGUCCACGUGUGUCCAUUUGACUCCAUGAGGUGUCUUCUGGGUCCACAGUGGGAUGUAUAAGGGACCUUUUUAAUCCCCAAGGGUCUUUGAGGGGCCUCCCGGGUCUGCUUGGGUCCAUGUAGGUUCAUGAGAGUCCUUUUAGCUCUGCGUCACGUCCUCUCUGGGUCCAUUUGGGCUCAUUUGGCAAGGGUACUGAUUUAUGCAAACACCCCAGCCCUGCUGUCCUUUUCACAUGAACCCCCUACUGAAUACAAGUCCCCACUGAACCACAAAGUAUUUGUCUGUAAAUAAAUAUUGGGAAAUAAAUAAUAUUUUCAGAGCCAUGCUGCAAGCUCUUCAAGGGUGCCACUCCUAUAGCAGGGAGUCCCCAGUCUCUGGUAGACUUAGACUGCGCCAUUGAUUGUGAAAUGUGUCCUUACUGUGACAGACUGUGAGUCAGAAAGUUCCCCUUUGACACCGAUCUCUCCCGCCUCUCUAAUGCGUCCUGCCAUCUCCCAGCAUGAGGUAAAUUGCGGCACGACAGGGCCGGCCUUUAGUUGUGUUAGACUCCACAGUGCAAGGUCCCACUCUGUCAACCUGUCACGGCGGGAUAUUCUUGUCGCUGCCACUCAAUACUUCAUAAAAAUGGCCAAAAUAAUACGCCUAACCUGCAGCCUGUGUCUCCACUGACUGUUCAGCUGAGGAAGGGGGAUCAAAGGGGAGUCGAAGGAUCACUGACACAUUUCGCUUUCCAGUGACAUCCCCUUUGCGUAAACAAUCCCAAUAGGAAAAACAAUGGUGUGAAAACUGAGAUGCGCCCCCUCAUUUUGGAAUUGGAAUUUCCAUCGAUAUAACAAGGGCUUGGAGGGUAAAUAUAAACCACUUGUUAUAACAGGAACUUGAAAUGUAUAGCUUGUAGUAUUUUGUCCUCAGCCCCUUGCUUGGUUUCAAAAUAUUGCCGCCAUAAUUAUCUACAGAUGGAAAUAGACACAGCUGCCUCUUUGAACAGGCCUGUCAAAGUUAGACGCACUCUCUCCCUGGGCGAGAGAUCAUCCACUUGACAAACUGCUUUUCUCUUGCUAAUAAGCCAGCCAGUCACCCUCUGAUUUUAUCAUGAGCUAUAUGGAUAUCCACACGGAGACCUUGUAGUUCGCUUCUGUGUCACUUUUCUUACAUGUUCAUUUUCUGGAAUGUAAAGAUGGUAAUCAUGAUAAAUGGACAAGGUCGGUUUUGAUAUUACAAAAACCCCACUGCUUGAUGGCUCAUAUGUGACAUGAAACUAAAGGUAGUUCAUUAUUUAUUUAAAUACUGUGAUCAAAAAUGACAUACUGGUCUAUGCACUGAACAAAAAUAUAAACGCAAUAUGUAAAGUACUGGUCCCAUGUUUCAUGAGCUGAAAUAAAAGAUCACAGAAAUGUUCCAUAAGCACAAAAAGCUUAUUUCUCUCAAAUGUUGUGCACAAAUUUGUUUACAUCCCUGUUAGUGAGCAUUUUAUCAUUUUUCAAGAUAAUCCAUCCACCUGACAGGUAUGGCAUAUCAAUAAGCUGAUUAAACAGCAUGAUCAUUACACAGGUGCACCUUGUGCUGGGGACAAUAAAAGGCCACUGUAAAAUGUGCAGUUUUGUCACACAACACAAUGAUACAGAUGUCUCAAGUUUUGAGGGAGGGGAGGGGGGAUACUGAGGAGUAUUCCUGUCUGUAAUAAAGCCCUUUUGUGGGGUAAAACUCAUUCUGAUUGGGUUGGCCUGGCUCCCCAGUGGGUGGGCCUAUGCCCACCCAUGGCUGUGCCACUUCCAAGUUAUGUGAAAUCCAUAGAUUAGCGCCUAGAUGUCCUUAUAUUAACUGUAAUUAAGCAAAAUCGUUGAAAUUGUUGCAUGUUGCGUUUAUACUGGACAAAAAUAUAAACUUAACAUACAAACAUUUCAAAGAUUUUACUGAGUUACAGUUCAUAUAAGGAAAUCAGUCAAUUGAAAGAAUUCAUUAGGCCCUGACACAGCCAAGUCCAGCCAAUCCAGCCAAUCAGAAUGAGUUUUCCCCCACAAAAGGGCUUUAUUACAGACAGAAAUCCUCCUCAGCACGUGGUUACACGUGGUCUGCGGUUGUGAGGCCGGUUGGACGUACUGCCAAAUUCUCUAAAACUACGUUGGAGGCAGCUUAUGGUAGAGAAAUGAACAUUCAAUUCUCUGGCAACAGCUCUGGUGGACAUUCCUGCAGUCAGCAUGCCAAUUGCACGCUCCCUCAAAACUUGAGACAUCUAUGGUAUUGUGUUGUGUGACAAAACUGUACAUUUUAGAGUGGCCUUUUAUUGUCCCCAGCACAAGGUGCACCUGUAUAACGAUCAUGCUGUUUAAUCAGCUUCUUGAUAUGCUACACCUGUAAGGUGGAUGGAUUAUCUUGGUAAAGGAGAAAUGGUCACUAACAGGGAUGUAAACAAAUUUGUGCACAACAUUUGAGAGAAAUAAGCUUUUUGUCCAUAUGAAAAAUGUCAGGGAUUUUUAUUUGUUGCUCAUGGAACAUGGGACCAACACUUUACAUGUUGCGUUUAUAUUUUUAUUCAAUGUAUAUUUUUGUUCAGUAUAUUAAGCUAAUAGAAAAACCUCCCUUGGGUCAGUCACCGGGUAUAGAUUUUUAAGCCUUGAGACAAUUGAGACAUGGAUGUUGUAUGUAUGCCAUUCAGAGGGUGAAUGGGCAAGACAAAAUAUUUAAGUGCCGUUGAACGGGGUGUGGUAGUAGGUGCCAGGGGUACCGGUUCAAGAACUGCAACGUUGCUGGGUCUUUCAUGCUCAACAGUUUCCCGUUUGUAUCAAGACUGAUCCACCACCCAAAGGACAUGCUGCCAACUUGACACAACUAUGGGAAGCAUUGGAGUCAGAAUGGGCCAGCAUCCCUGUGGAACGCUUUCGACACCUUGUAGAGUCCAUGCCCCGACGAAUUGAGACUGUUCUGAGGGCAAGGUGUUCCUAAUUUUUGGUAUACUCAGUGUAUUUUGGUAAUGGAUAGAAAACAGCGUCCAAGUGCUGAGCACAGGGCUUUUAAAGACCUAAUUGACACCUGUCAGUCAAAUAUGACAUUUGAAAAUAAUGACAUAUGGAAGUUGCUUGUUGACAGAUUGUUUGACAGUCUUUGAAAGUAAUUUAACUUUGACAGUUUAACAUUGAAACACUACAUCUGAGCGACUACAUCUGAGCGACUGUUUUUUUAGCUUAGAAGUACUAAGUCUUUCUAGUAUCAGCCUGAAUUUCCACAGCCUGAAGUUGUGAUACCAAAUAUGUAUCCCAUGUUUCCUCAGUAGUCCCAAACAGCACGAAGCGGGUGGACGAAGAGAAGAAGUUUCGGGACUGUGCCGAUCUGUACCAAGCUGGUUUCUACAAGAAUGGGGUCUACACCAUACAUAUUAAUGUCCAGGAGACCAAAAAGGUGGGCAGCCAGUCAGAGCUUUAUAUAGGGAUUGCCAUGUGAAAAUAUCUACCAUUUCAUCACUUUAGGCAGCUCUUUGAUGGGUGUUUAAUGGAGUUUAGUGUCUUUCUGUUACUAGAGUCAGCUUCAACUCUGUCCAAGAAAGCCAAAGACAUUGACCCACUGGAGAGCAGCCAGUGAAAUGGGACUAUGAUAGUUAUUGGCUGCUUCAGUGCUUCAUGAAUAAUCGAAGGCUCAAAAUAUACACUUGGCAGCCUGAUGAGGACAAGGGUUUACAAGAGGGUGGCAGGGGAGGGGGAGGGGGUGAAACAUGUCUUCACCACCUCAACAGGGUGCUGCCAGACCUCAGACGGAUGGCAGGGAGGUACGAGGGGGAAGGUUGGCGGAGGAGUGAGGGAUGAGGGGGAGAGAAAGGAGAAAGCCUCAUGUCUGGUUUCUGAGAAUAAUUCUGUCAGGGGGUAUACCUCCUUAAUUAUACCCAGACUGGGCACUGUGUGUUCAGCUGGGGUCUUGGCCGAGGUGAGAGACCUCCUCCAGACCUUCUCCACUCCUCAAACAAAGAGCACCACAGCAGAUAGAUACCCCUGUUAUCAGCUUACACAGGACAGAGGCCAAGGGUUAAGGGUCAUGUUCCACCCAGGUGUCCACUGGUAUGUGUCCAGCUCCACUCCACUGGCCCCCUCCACUUUUAUCUGAACCAGGCCUGGGAUUGGGAUCACCUCCUGGGAGUUGUUGGAGGAUCAGGAGACGUUGAUUAUGUUUGAGGAGGACUCACAAUACUUCAAAUUUGCCCUGAUGAUUCAUGAGAAGGACUGUGUCCUGGAACCGAUGAUUAAUAGAAAGGAAUCACUAGUUAGGCCCGCAGUAUUUUAGAAUGAUGGUUCACAACAGCAAGUUUAACCUAUCAUGUCUAUAUUUGUGCUCUAAAAUGUAAGAUAAGAGCAUGUAGAUUGUGUUUGUAGGCAGUCUAAGAACUUAAUGAUUGUCCGUUUAUGUGUGUUUACAGGUAUAUUGUAACAUGGAGACCGCUGGCGGUGGAUGGACGAUCAUCCAGCAAAGAGAGGAUGGCAGCGUGGACUUCCAGAAAACAUGGAAGGAGUACAAGAUGGUAAGACAAGAAUAAUAACAAACAACCCAACUCUACAGCACCAUACGCACAAGAUAAAGCCAUGCAUGGAUGAGGAGUCUGUUUCCAACACACAUCCUCUGUUACAGUAAAUGAUGACAAAUGGGUGUACUCUUGCCUCUCUCUCUCUCUUUGAUUUAACAUGUUGAAAAGCGUGAGGUAGGAUUCUCUUGUAUUCUCAAGAGUGGACAGGCCCAUGUGUAACACUCCUACAAAAUGUUGUCCUACCCGGCAACACCAGCUGUAUCUCUGGAACAUCUGUACACUGGGAGGGAUUCCCCAGCCCUCAGACUAGAGACGCUAGCUUGGGUGUUCUUCAUUUCAAACAGGACAGCAUUAGUCCGAAAACGAUACAUUUGUUUAGUCUUAUAUAACUGUGGCAGGUGUUGUGAUCAUCAUCGUCUGUUGGAUACGGGAAUAUUGUAGAUAUCGACUGGUGUACUAAAAGAGGCUAAGCUCUGUUUGCUUUUAGGUGCGAUGAGCUACCCCAUUGCCGUUCCAAUUAGCUGUAGCGUAUACUAACAUAACGUAGUUAGCAUAGCAGCCGGAGACCAGAUUCAAAAUGGAGGGUAUUUUAAUUACCAAUCUGAGCAGAUGGGAAUAGAUGAUUUGCAGAGGGUAAAUAUAGAUUUGACAAGGGUGAAGAGGGUUGGGCUCAUUUGGAGGGUAAAGAGGUACGGACAGAGAUUCCAGCUGAUUAGAAGCAGUGAGGGAGCCAUGGCACCCCUCCAGCCAAGCAUGGAGAGCAUGGGAUACAUGUGGCAAUGGAAUCAAGACGGACCCUGGCACCGCCACCGAAUACUGGCACAACAUCGGUGUGGUCUUUUGCCUCCCUCAGAGUCCCUCCCUUGAAGAGCCUGAAGGUGAUUGAUAUUGUUUUAUUGUGUGAUUCAAUUCACUGCUGUUGGUCUCUGUGGGCUUGUGCACGUAAAUUCAAUACACUUGAAGGAUUCAUAAACCUUUCAGGCAAACUUCAAUGGGCUAUUCCCAUUUUGUGGGAGGAUGGAGAGCACUCUGGCAGUGACCCCUACUAUUAGUCUUCAAGUAUGUGAGCUUAUGACUGUAAUGUUUAUAAUUACAUUAGCAGUACUAGAUAGAGUAUGUGUAGCAGGAUAAUAAAUGGUGCAUGUGUUCUUUAACCGGUAUGAGACACAAAUCAAUUUGACAAUUUGCAAUACCUUAUUAAAUAAGUAUUUGUCUAAAAUAAUAUUUAUCAGAAUGUAUGUAACUUUAUGAUAGAGCACUUUCUAUCAAUCUUUAUCAUUUUAGGAAAAUAUUUACAUCUCUACCCAACAAUACUUCAAACCUCCUCUCUGAAAUUCCCAGUAGAUGCAUUCAGCCAGGUUUGCGUGUGAAUGAACACUCUGGUGUGGAACAAUAGGGGGGAAGCACUAGUGUUUGAGUCCAACUAUCCCAACCUUCAGCCAGGUUUCCAGAGGUGAAACGGAAUCACAGCGCUAAAAGGCAGAUCGGUUGGAAGUCAGAUUGAGUUAGGGCCGUGGCCCAGCCACUUUCUCCUUCCACCCACACAGCAGGACGUGUCUCAGGCUGGAGGAAUGCCCCAUAUUUACUUUCCCCCUUCCAUUCUCCUAAUCAUCACACGCUCUCGGCACAUCUCCCCCUUCAACCCACCCUCAACCCUUCCCGACAAUCAUUAAUGGAACAGUCCAGAGCUCCAGACCAGUCUCUUUGAGCCAUCAUGUCAUCCUAGUUUCUAAUGCUCCCCAUUGCAAGUUAGUUACUGCUGCUGCUGUCAAAAGCACUUUUUCUACAAUGAGAGUCAUUGUGAUCACAUAUAAACAUUGUAAUUGUUGAGAAGGCACGCAUGGCGUUGUGUGCGUCUGUUGUCAUUCUUAUGGACUGUGUAAUAAAGUGGGUUUAUUACGCGUUUGGUUUGGGUGGGGAGAGGAAGGGUGGAAAAGGUGCUUUGUGUGCCUUUUUCAGCUGGUCCCAAUUUUACGCUAUCAUAAACAGGUAGGGCUAUUCAUGUGCGGUUUCAUGCUUUGUGUUGCAUUUGCUUAGGCGUCAAUCCUGAAUUGACGCCUAAGUUAUCAAUAAAUUCCAUGGUGGAGAGAUUGCAUAUUUUCCAGGAAGACCUCGGAAGGGAUCGGGAAUGACUUAUAUUACAGUAAGAUUCCCUAUGGGCCUCAGUCAAGACUCUGGCCUCCUCUUCCUCUUCUUUCUCUGUUGCAGGGCUUUGGGACGGUUUCUGCAGAGCACUGGCUGGGGAAUGAGUUUGUAUACCUGCUGACCAGCCAGAGGCAGUACGCCCUCCGUGUGGAGCUCACUGACUGGGACGGACACCAGGCCUUCUCCCUGUAUGACCGCUUUCACAUCGACAGUGAGAAACGCAACUACAGGUACUAUUAA